AUGCGUUUUCUCGUUACUUUUUUUCUUUGUCUAGCUCCACGCGUUGCAUUUCUGGAUGCACCGGAAGUUUGGCAGUUUGGUUUUCAAGACCCUGCAACACCAAUUGCUCAAGGAAUCCAAGAUUUUCACAAUGAUGUAUGUUUUUUUAUGGUUGUCAUUUUAACUUUCGUUUUGUGGAUGCUUGGCCGCACUAUUUGGCAUUUUGACGCAAUCAAAAACCCAGUGCCGUCAAAAAUUAUUCAUGGAACCGUAUUAGAACUUGCUUGGACUGUGACGCCCAGUUUUAUUUUAAUGAUUAUCGCCGUCCCUUCUUUUGCUCUUCUUUAUUCCAUGGACGAAAUUACUGACCCCGCAGUCACUUUAAAAGUAAUUGGGCAUCAAUGGUAUUGGACUUAUGAGUACUCAGAUUAUAGUACUGCCGAUGAUCAAUCUAUUAUCUUUGAUAGUUACAUGGUGGCGGAAGAUGACCUUGAACUUGGUCAACUUCGUUUAUUAGAGGUUGACAACAGAGUUGUUUUACCUGUCAAAACACACGUACGGGUUCUUAUUACAGCUGCAGAUGUUCUUCACAGCUGGGCAAUUCCUUCCCUUGGGGUCAAAUGUGACGCAGUGCCCGGACGCCUCAACCAAACAUCUAUUUUUCUAAACCGAGAAGGUGUUUUUUAUGGGCAGUGUAGUGAGCUUUGCGGGGCUAAUCACGGUUUUAUGCCUAUCGUAGUCGAGGGGGUAGAUCUUGAAGAUUAUAUUUCGUGGAUUUCAAAUAAAAUUGAAGAAAUUUAA